AUGCAGCCCCAGAGGUCGGAUACGGACGAAUCUCUGCUCACGCUAAAGGGCGAUCCGGGCAACAAUGAAAGAAAUACUUCCACUCCGGUUCAGGUUCAUCGGGAAUGGAGCGAUCCUAUCUUGACGGCGUUGUCGCCCCGCCCGGCACCCAAGAGCCCGCAGUCGUCUGGACCAAAGUCGUCUUUCCGCCCGAGGAGCGACUCGGGCCUGGCGUGGACCACAAAUCAGGCUCCUUUUCGCCGGUCCGCCCACGGCAAGCCCGAUAGCUGGUUGUCUGCUUGGUCGACCUCCGCGACGGUGUUGAGUGACGAGGAGGAGAACAGCAGCGAAGCGGAUCACGCGUCAGACCACCCCCCCAUCACGGACCUCAAGGGGCUUGUGUUAAACGGCCAGGUCCUCCCGGAUUUCUUCGAGCCUGCGGUGAUCGACCUCGUCCUUUCUAAUCCGGAUACGGUACGGCGACUGCGUGCCUUUGCACAAAUCAGGCACACCGGGUCCGAUAUUGACUUUCUGUCCAAGGUUGAGGAAUAUUCCCACGCUUUAGAGGAAAUCAUCGGCUUCAUGACCCACAUUUCACAACACUUCACAGGCUCCAUGGCCACCUCGCCACUGGAGCUCACGCCCGACGUGGCGGGCGCCCUCAAGUCCAACGUCAAGUACUGCACGCGAGCAGCACUACCGGCGUUGGACAAGGUCUACCGAGAGGCCAGGGCCACGGCCCAGGAACGGCUAUCCCGCAACCUCUACCCUGAGUUUGUCAAGUACCAGCUCUCUCAGUGCCUAACCGCCUCGCUGUCGACGCAUUUCAUGUUUGGCGACCAGCUGCGACACCGGUACCCGGGCCUCGGCGAAGCCUUUUGUCUGACGGACCCCCUCCGGCCGGACAACCCCAUUGUGUGUGCCUCAGACGGGUUCCUCUCCAUGUCGGGAUACCCGCGCCGGGACCUCAUCGGGAAGAACUGCCGGCUCCUUCAAGGGCCCGGGACCGACCCUGAGGCCAUUCGCCGGCUUAGCCAAGCGGCCGCAGCGGGCAAGCCGGUAACGGAACUCCUGCUCAACUACAAGCCCGACGGCGCUCCUUACUGGAAUCUGUUGUUUAUCUGCCCGCUCAUGGAAAGGGGCAACGUGCGGUACUCACUCGGGGCCCAGAUCAACGUGUCAGAGAACAUGGGCUCCGAUUACGAGGAUAUCUUGGGCAUCUUGAACUUCGGGCAUAUGCCAGGCCAGCUCAGCAGCCCCCGAAUGGACCCUCCCGGCUCUCCACAUUCGUCAGCCCGGCUCAGCUCGGAGCACCUAGACCCCGACGACCUCGAUGACCAACACGGCGGAGAACAGCGCACCUCACGCCGUCGGCGCUUCCUGCGGCACUUCCACCGCCGAUCCCCUUCCUCCCGGGCCUCGUCCCACUCGCGCCGGAGCACGGCUUCUGUGGAAGAGGACAGCUCUCCCCCGCCCACGGUCCCCUCGCCACAGCCGGCACACCCACCGCCAUUCGCCUCGGAACGCCUAGAACAUCAUUUCACCCUGCCGUACCCGUACAGCCACCAAGAGAAGCAGCUGCACAUCGACGAGCAAAGCACGCCCUACUCCCGCUUCUUCGUCCUCCGCUUCACCAACCCACACCCGCCCUCCGUCUCGGCGAAUUACCUCAAUUCCCCGCACCGUGCCAGCGUCUCACCCCACCGACGGGCGCGCGGCACCAGCGGCAGCGGGAGCGACCGCAGCGGGGGUAGUGCCAGCAGCGGUGAUCCGAUCCAAAAGCAGCGGUUGCCCAUCGCUUUUUGCUCUCCCCACGCGCUGUCGCUGCUGGGCAUCAAGCUGCAGCCGCAUCACGAGUCGAAUCCGUCAGCGGUAGUCGCGGAUAUCCACCGGGGCGGGACAGGAUUCCUCAGCCAGGUGCUGAUGCUCGGCGGGGCCGGAGCGGGCGUGGUGUCGGGGCCGUCGGGGAAGAGGGCGCUGAAGAGGGUGGUGAGUAGUUGGGUGCCUUUGAAAGAUGGGGUUGGUAGGGUUGGGUGGGUUGUGCUGGUUUUGACGCCUGUUGGUGAUGCUUUGUAG